GGUGAUGAUGCAAUUUGCAAGGAGAUACUAGACGACGGAGGCAAUCAGCGCACCCGGUAGGAGGGGUUGCCUUUUCUGGGACAGCCGCCCCUCAACGCCUGCGAACUAAAGCGCUGAGGCCUGGGUGGCGGAGGUGGGAGGGGAGGAGAGAAGACUCAACUUCUGCCGCGAUCGCCCUUUCUAGUUGCGGGACACUGCUUCGAUACAGGCAGUAAAAUAGCAAAGUGCCAUUAUAUGAUCCAGUACCCAGCGUUACUAUUGCCCUCCAUGUGGGUGAGGGACCUGUGUGUGUCGGAUUAUGGCGAGAAAAACAGUUAGCAGGAAAAGGAAGGCAGGAGAGCCCAAGGAGCAACAACAGGUGGGCUGGUGCCAGUCUCCCUGCAAGCGUGCCCGUGUGUCCUCGUCCUCCUCGUCCUCCUCCUCCUCCUGCUCGUGGCGCUGGCGGCGGUCUCUGGUGUGCGCUCUGCGGGGGCGGGAGUUCCGUCCGCAGCAGCAGCACGAGUGGCGGCUCCAGCGCAGCCUGAGGGGCUUCGCGGCCGGGCGGCUGCCGGGCAUCCUGCGCGAGCGCCAGUACAGCCUGGGCCGCCUCAACAAGGUCUUCGCCUCCCAGUGGCUCAACCACCGGCAGGUGGUGUGCGGAACCAAGUGCAACACGUUGUUUGUGGUGGAUGUUCUGACGGGGCAGAUCACGCGCAUCCCCAUGCUGAAGGACAGGGAGGCGCAGGCCGGAGGAGGAGGUGCAGGAGGAGGCGGGGGAGUCCUGGGGAAUGGGCCUGCGGGGUCCCUCGCUAGUGUCCCGGGGGUGGGGCUUGGGGUGGGGUCAGGGGCGGGGCCAGGGGCAGGGGCUGGGUUGGACCAGCAGAGCUGUGGAAUCCAUGCCAUCGAGCUCAACCCCUCUGGCUCCCUAUUGGCCACCGGCGGAGACAACCCCAACAGCCUGGCCGUGUACCGGCUACCCACACUGGACCCCGUCUGCCUGGGGGACGAUGGACACAAUGACUGGAUCUUCUCCAUCGCCUGGAUUAGUGACACCAUGGCUGUAUCCGGGUCCCGGGACGGCUCCAUGGGGCUGUGGGAGGUUUCCGAGGAGGUGCUAAACCGGACUGAGAGGAGACAGGACGCCGAGGGGGUCCCCAGUUACUCCCACAUCUCCCACCGCGCCCUGAAGGACAUUCCCAAAGAGUACACCAACCCCUACAACUGCAAAGUCCGGGCGCUGGCCUUCAACGACGGACACAAGGAACUGGGCGCGGUGUCCCUAGAUGGCUAUUUCCACCUGUGGAAGGCUGAGCACAACCUGUGCAAGCUGCUGUCCACUAAGCUGCAGCACUGCAAGGAGAACGUGUGCCUGGCGUACGGGCGCGAGUGGUCCGUCUACGCCGUGGGCUCCCAGGCGCACGUGUCCUUCCUGGACCCCCGGCAGCCCCCCCACUCCAUCAAAUCCGUCAGCUCGCGGGAGAGAGGGAGCGGUAUCCGGUCGGUGAGUUUCUACGAGCACAUGGUGACGGUGGGCACGGGGCAGGGCUCCCUGCUCUUCUACGACAUCCGAGCCCAGCGCUUCCUGGAGGACCCGUCCAGCCCCACCUGCACCUACCGCCAGCGGCCAGGAGAGGGCAUCCUCAAGCUCACCACGGGGAAAGGCUGGCUGAACCACGAUGAAACCUGGAGGAGCUACUUCUCGGACAUCAGCUCCUUCCCCAACGCGGUGUACACGCAUUGCUACGACUCCUCCGGCACCAAGCUUUUCGUAGCGGGGGGGCCCCUGUGCUCCGGUCUCCACGGCAACUACGCGGGGCUGUGGAGCUAGCGUGCCGGAACGCGUCCUCCCCCACCCUUCUCUCCUCCCUCCGCGUGUCGCUCCACUCCUCCCUCUCUCAUCCAUUACCAGCGGAAGAGAGAAACCAUCCCCCCUUCCCUUCAUUUCCUUUCCUCCCACCAAGAAAGUGAGGAGCAGGGUCAGAGUACAUCCUGUCAUCCUUCCCAACCUCUCUCUCUCUCUCCUUCCAGGUGGUCUCCUCAGUCCCCUCAUUCCCUUCGAAUCUGGUAGUCUGAGGUAGUUCUUCUCUCUCUCCCUCUGUCUGCCAUUUUUACCUUUUCACCUUUCACCCUUCGGCUCUACUGUUCCCCACUCUCGCUCUCUCUCUCGCUCUCUCUCUCUGUCACUCACACUCUCUCUCACGCUUUCUCUCUCUCUUUCUCUCCCUCCCUCUCUCUCUGUGCCUCACCUUUAGAUGAGCUCCUUGUACUCUUUUCAUGACUCUUUGUAUUUAUUUUUAAUAGAGUGUCACCACUCUGGUGUUUGAUUAGCAGGAAGGAUCGUCCUGGGAGUGUUGUGUUCUUUUGGAGUGCUCCCCCUGUCUGUGCGGAGGACUCCGUGUGUUCGCCUGUCCGUGCGUGUUGUUUGUCUGACUGCCUGUCCGUCUGUCUGUUUAUACCAGCAUCAGGAGGAUAAAUCAAACAAAAUCCCAGUUAAACCAUCUUCCACCCCUCCUAAGAAAGUUCUUUAUGUUUGUGGAGGCGAGGCUCCGAUAUGGGCCAUCCAGAUGACUGACAGACCGCUUUGUUUUGGCUCCUCCCAUCUCUCUCUGUCUGGGGAUAGACUGUUAAAAGCAGAAGAGAGAGAGAGGGAUGUGCGGUUACACUGGAGGGAAGGAGAACAGGGACGGGGGGGUGGUGGGAGGGGGGGGGGUGACUACGCGACCUUGUGAGGCACUCGAUUCGGAAGCAGGCCGGGACCCCCUCCUGAGUCUGGACACAGCAGACGGGGACACGGCAGACGGGGACAUGGUGGAGGAUGUGGGACGGAGCGGGACAGACAGAAGCCCAGCGAAGUGAGGACACUGAUGGCGUGCCUGUUUCUCAGAGUGGCAGAGAACUUUACUUCAGUCCCAGUCUACGUUCGAUUCAGCCCUACGUGUGAUUUGAUAUUAAAGAAACCUUAUUUAUUUAUACCCCCCCCCCCCCCACACACACACACACACACGCACACACUCACAUGUACACGCACACACACUCGCACACAUACAUUCACCCUGAGCUUAUGAUCUGUAUGAAGAGUAUGUUGUUUUUUUUUCUUUGUCACUGUUGUUACCCACCCCUCCCCUUAUCUCUUCCGUCGAGAGAGAAGGGCAUCUAUUCCGUCUCAAUUCUUAUUGCUCAGAAUCAGGGGCAUCUAUUCCUUCUGCGUUCUUAUUGGUCAGAAUCAGGACUACAAUGCAUUACAUUGGUUGCCUCCUAACGGUCUUUCUGUGAAAGACUGUUGCAGGUGACAUUCUUUCUCUUUAUUAUGUUGUUAAUUUCAUGAAUCUUGUCUGCAUAGUGCAAGAACAAAAAAAAAAACAACAAACCCCAAUAACGACCAUAUACUCAGCAAAUAACCAUCACUUUUAAAGAUGUAUUUUAUAUAUAAAUGUCUAUGUAUACGUAUGUGAAAUCCAUGCAUAUGCAUAUAUUUACAUGUGUAUGUUUGGGGAAAAAUGUGUGAUCUAACCUGUCUUUUAUUUUGGUGGUUCCCUCUUUUAUAUACACUACAUGAAUGUUUUUACAGUUUAUUGAGUGUGAAGAUAUUGUACAACAUCAAUGACAACAAAAUCCUGCCCCAUAAAAUCUGAAAAUAAUGAAAGUCUAUUGAUUCAUUUUUUUUUCUGUUUUGAGCUUUAGAUCCCAGGCUUUCUAAACCUGGGACACACUUACUGAACAGUUACGUGUCCUGUGACUCACCUCUUUUUAAAUAUGUCAGAUUCUAAUAUUUUCAGAGAAAAUAAAGAUUUUAACAUA